AUGGACUUCAUCAGCAUUCAGCAACUGGUAAGUGGAGAGAGAGGCGAAAGUAAAGUGUUAGGAUACGGACAUGGCAUUCCUGAUCCUGGAGGCUGGCCUGGGGACUGGAAGCUGAGACCUCAUGAGGCCAUGGCCCGGGAAAGGCAGAGACUGGAAGAUGAGAAGAAGAAGAAGAAACUUGAACGAUUCAACAGCUCUAGACUCAACCUGGAGAACCUCAUGGACUUGGAAAAUUUGGUUCAAAGACGAAGAAAACGACUGAAACGAAGAGUCCCCCCCAGGGAACAUGAGCCCGUGGUUAAGCUGCAUCCCCAGGUCCAGCUAGAGCCUGUGGACCUGGAGAUGUUCCUGAAAGCAGCUGCUGAGAACCAGGAGGCUGUGAUUGACAAGUACCUGGCAGACGGAGGAGACCCUGACGCCCACGACAAGCUUCAUCGCACGGCUUUACAUUGGGCCUGUCUGAAGGGUCAUUCCCAGCUCGUAAACAAGCUGUUGGAGGCAGGAGCUAGUGUGGACGCUCGGGACUUGCUGGACAGGACACCAGUGUUCUGGGCCUGCUGGGGAGGACACCUUGACAUCCUCAAACAGCUGCUUAACCAGGGAGCCCAGGUCAAUGCCUGGGACAAGAUCCGGAGUAGCCCUCUCCAUGUGGCAGUGCGGACAGGGCACUGUGACUGCCUGGAGCACCUCAUUGCGUGUGGAGCCCACAUCAAUGCACAGGAUAAGGAAGGAGACACAGCCCUUCACGAGGCUGUGCGUCACGGCCACUACAAAGCCAUGAAGAUACUGCUGCUGUACGGAGCCCAGCUGAGCAUGCAGAACUCGGCAUCCAUGACCCCAGUGCAGCUGGCAAGAGACUGGCAGCGGGGCAUCCGAGAGGCACUGCAGGCCCAUGUGGGGCACCCUCGAACACGGUGCUGA